CUUCCACUCUACUUAUCUCAAACUCCUCUCCAAACAUGUCCUUGAUCUUCCAAUUUACCCAAAUCCUAACCCGAAUUUCAAUCCAUUAUAACUCCCAAGUCUCAGUUUUAAACGCUUUCAUCUCUAUCAUCGUCAUCAUCGCCUUCUUCAUCAAGGUUUACCCCUCCAAAACCCUUAAAAUUCCCAUCAAAACCCUCUUUUCACAAACCUCCAAUCCUCGUCCUCCAGAAAAACCCUUAACCUUCGUCUCAAUUCUUCGAGCGAAUCCCGAUUAGGCAGAUGCCAUUAAAGAGAGGCGUAUGAAAUAGAGUAAACUGCUUUACAAACACGACGACUGCGUUUACGUUAGUAGAGACGGUUGUAGCUAGUUACAACACAAUGUUUAUCUGGCACUGUUGCCAGAGAUUUUUGUCCUUAUAGCUUCUUCUUUUCAGUACGGAAUGACUGCACCAACGUUGGCGUUUUUGUUGGUUUUCAGAACAAAGCUUCGUAUUCGAGGUUUGGGGAAGGGAGGAAGGCUUGGAGUAAGGUGACUCAUGGGACAAAUGACUUCGUUAGACAAAUAAUUGUUAGAGUGGUGAAAGAUUCCUUUUUGAAGACUAUUUUUAUAGUGUAUUAUGGUGUUUCAAGGGGCUUUACCGACAAUGAAAGAGUGGAGGUUGUAAAGGAGUAACUAUGUUUUAAUCUUAGUGCUUUUUUUUUAUUUUUUAUUUUUUUUUGAGGAGGGAAAGAAAGAGAUUAUAUUUAAUAAAACUUUAUAAAUAGAAAAAGACAUUAAAAAAUAUCCUGAUAACAAUUUAGUUUUUCAAGGGAGAAUCCAAAUUUUCUAACAUUUAUACAUGGAAAACAUAGUAAACCGUAAGGUCUAUUUUUACAGUUUUGUCAAACAUUUAUAAACGAGUAAAAACUAUAAUGGGGCGGGUAAAUGGGGGGAGGAAACCGGUUUGUUUCCACCUUUGAGAAUUUCGGGUAGGGUAUCGUACGGACUACACCGUGGGCGGUGGCCGGUGGUGUAAAUUCACAAAUACAUGGCGGAUAGUUCCAUUGUUUUAACUGAACUCCAUAGAAAGUCAACCAGCUGGGCUAAGGUAGUCGAUGAAAUAGUAAGACUAGAGAAGAAGAUUUUCCCCAAGCACGAAUCACUCGCUCGAUCGUUCGAUGAUGAACUCAAGAAGAAGAACAGCGGUUUAAUCUACUUGGAAAUUAAUGGCGACCUUGCUGGCUAUGUCAUGUAUUCAUGUCCUUCUUCACUUUGUGCCAUUAUCACUAAACUCGCAGUGAAGGAGAAUUAUAGGAGACAAGGGCAUGGAGAUGCACUAUUGAAAGAAGCAAUAGAGAAAUGCAGAAGUAAACGUAUACACCGUGUAUCACUUCAUGUGGAUCCAUUAAGAACUCCAGCAAUGCAUCUUUACAAGAAACUCGGUUUCCAAAUCGAUACUUUGGUGAAGGCUUAUUAUUCUUCUGAUCGAGAUGCAUAUAGGAUGUACUUAGAUUUCGAUAAAGAGUAGCCACAUGAGUUCAAGAAAUAGCAAC